AUGCCUUCCGCAGUAAAUCGCCGUGUAGGUGUUAUCGGAGCUGGCGUUUUCGGUGUGGUGACGGCCGCCCACCUGCUCGCCGAGGGGCUGGACGUGACCGUGUUUGAGCGAGCGCCGGUGGCAGGAGGCGUAUGGGUUUGGGAAUCCAGAGUACCGCAUGAGCCUACCUAUCCGUCAGCAAAGCCGUCCGUCGCGGAAUCGACUUUCUUCAAGGCCGCAACAAACGGCGAGAAGAAGACGUGGCUCUCAGAACCAACCCCUGCAUACGAUAGCUUGAAGAAUAAUGUUCCAACGGAGUUGUUAGAAACAACCCUCAAUCCGCUGAAACCUGGCACAGAGUCGUUCGUGCUCCACAACGUCCUCAAAGAUUACAUCCAGGACACGGCAGAAAAAACUGGAGUGAACAAGAACACACAGUUUAACACCAGAGUGGAACACGUUUCCAAGACUGGAAAUCAGUGGAAGCUCGUAUCGUCGACGUGGGAUGAAGCCAAGGGGGAAGCAGUAUCCAAGGAAUGGUCUUUUGAUUCAGUUAUUGUAGCCUCUGGGCAUUACCACGCACCAAGAGUCCCAAAUAUCCGCGGCCUGUCGGAGUGGAAGAGUAAAUUCCCAUCACGGAUUCAGCACUCUAAGAGCUACAGAAACGCCAACGGAUACGAGAACCAGAACGUGCUGGUCAUCGGAGGCAGCGCAUCAUCACUCGACGCCGUCAAGGAGAUUGUCCCAGUAGCGAAGAAAGUAUGGCAGUCUACUAGAGGCGGCGCCUUCGACCUCCCUGCCGCUGUAUUGCCAGAUGAAGUAGAGAGGAUCGGAGAAGUCGUCGAAUUCCAUCCCCCUGGACAGGACGCGACUGAGGGAUCUAUCGGGAACGCAACUCUGGCAGACGGCACUGUUAUCAAAGACAUCGACAGGAUCGUCGUGGCAACCGGAUAUCAGUUCUCGCUACCCUUCUUGCUCGAGUACCACCGAGAUGAUGUGAAAGCUUCCGACGCAGACGACAAAGUGCUGGUAACAGAUGGCACUCAGCUCCACAACCUCCACCAAGACAUUUUCUACAUCCCCGAUCCCACUCUCAUCUUCAUCGGUGUGCCGUUUUACACGGCGACCUUCUCCUUCUUCGAGUUCCAGGCUAUAGCCGCUGCCGCUUUCCUGUCAGGAAAGGCCAAGCUCCCGUCGGUGGAGGCUCAAAGGGCCGAAUAUAGCGAAAGAGUCAAGGCAAAGGGCUUCGGCAAGAAAUUCCACGCUAGGCUUGGGGAGGAUCUAGAGUAUGCUGCAGGGCUGAUGAAAUGGGUCAACGAGGGACGAGACCCGGCAGACAGGAAGCCAGAUGGGUAUUCAGAGAAGUGGAUUGCCGAUAGGGAAAGACUGCGGCAUAACCCCGACCCGAAGAACUCUCUGUUUGAGAAGACCAAGAUUUAG